GAGGGGGAGGGGAGCAGGAAGAUCCCAGGUCUCCCGGCGGGAGGUUUACCCCCGAGAACGAUGUGUGCCGAGCGGCUGGGCCAGUUCGUGACCCUCGCCUUGGUGCUGGCCACCUUUGACCCGGCGCGCGGCACCGACGCCACCAACCCGCCCGAGGGUCCUCAGGACCGAGGCUCCCAGCAGAAAGGCCGCCUGUCCCUGCAGAACACAGCGGGAAUCCAGCACUGCUUGGUCAGCGCUGGCGAUGUGGGCUGUGGCGUGUUUGAGUGUUUCGAGAACAACUCGUGUGAAAUCCGGGGCUUGCAUGGGAUUUGCAUGACUUUUCUGCACAACGCUGGAAAAUUUGACGCCCAGGGCAAGUCCUUCAUCAAAGACGCCCUGCGGUGUAAGGCCCACGCCCUGCGGCACAGGUUCGGCUGCAUCAGCCGGAAGUGCCCGGCCAUCAGGGAGAUGGUGCUCCAGCUGCAGCGGGAAUGCUACCUCAAGCACGACCUGUGCGCGGCCGCGCGCGACAACACGCGCGUGAUGGUGGAGAUGAUCCACUUCAAGGACCUGCUGCUGCGCGAGCCCUACGUGGACCUGGUGAGCCUGCUGCUGACCUGCGGGGAGGAGGUGAAGGAGGCCGUCACCCACAGCGUGCAGGCGCAGUGCGAGCAGAACUGGGGCAGCCUGUGCUCCAUCCUCAGCUUCUGCACCUCGGCCCUGCAGAGGCCGCCCACCGCGCCUCCCGAGCGCCACCUGCAGGCGGACCGGGCCAAGCCCUCCCGCGCGCACCACGCGGACGCUGGUGCCCGCCUCUCGGAGCCCAGCAGCAGGGAGACGGGCCGAGGUGCCAAGGGCGAGCGAGGCAGCAAGAGCCCCCCACACGCCCACGCCCGGGGCCGAGCGGCAGCCCACGGGGCCCAGGGAACUUCGGGGAGCAGCGAGUGGGAGGACGAGCAGGCGGAGUAUUCCGACAUCCGGAGGUGAAACCAGAGGCCUGGCCAGAAGACCGUUCCUCCACGCCGUCCGUUUCCCUCUCUGUGGACAUUCCAGAACAUUUGCCAUGACAGACGGGGAUGCCACACGCAGGGCCCGGAGGGGACUGCGGACUGGAUGCAGGAGUGCGUUAGCGGCCGGAGCAGGCGGCGAGGCUCCCCGGCGGCAGCGCGGUCUCGGCUCGGCGGGGCCCACACUUGCGCCUUGAGAAGUGAUCGUGCCACGUGCGCUCCCGUAGCUUUUUCUGUCCGUCCGUCCGUCCGCGGAGCACCGGGCGCGCCCUGCGGUUUCCUUGGCCGGGGGUGGCGGUGGCCCCCGGGGCUGGACCAGGCGGGAGGCGGCAGGUUCCAGUGCAGGAAUGGGCCUGAAGACCUCGCUGGGGAUGAGCAGGGGGGAGAGGAGGCAGGGGCCCUGUGGGUGCCGGGUGCCACAUGGAAAUGGAGUGUCUUGCACGGGACCUGGAGGUUUGGAGCUGCUUUCCGGGAGAGAAGGCGGGAGGGCGAGGGUUUUCAGUGUAACUUCUGAGCCAUUGUUCUGACGGGGGCACCCUGUCCGAGGGCGUGGCCCCUGAGUGUGUGUAUUUUAACCACUGCUUCGAGUCUCGAUUUCACAUUUUAUUUAUCUAGUUACAUCUACAUAUCUGUCAUCUAAAUAAAUGGCUUUCAAACCAAGCAACUGGCUCAUUCA